UGCGCUGGUGCAUUCGCUGCACUCGGUGAUCCAAUGGGUUGGCCUUGGCAGUCAUGCACCGAAAUGGUGAUGCCACUAUGCGGAAGUGGCUGGCCGAACGACUUCUUUUGGAAAGAUUGUCCAUUUACAAUUGAGGGAGCUGCGCAGAACUGCAAAACAUGGUUUCAGAAGGCCGGCUUUGAUCGCUCAAUGCUACGUCCACAUUGGGCUAGUCAAAAUUAUGGCACAGCUUUCCCAUCUGCCAGCAAUAUCGUAUUUUCAAAUGGUUUCCUUGACCCCUGGUCAGGAGGUGGAUGGUCGCUCAAACCUAAAAUAGAGGGAUCGCUGGUUUCGAUAAUUUUGAAAGAGGGGGCACAUCAUUACGAUCUUCGUGGAGCUCAUCCAGAUGAUACGGAAGAGGUAAAAGAAGUCCGCCAAAUGGAAAAAGCUCAUAUCAAAAAGUGGAUUCAAAAAGCAAAUGCAGCAAGAAUGUAA